ACGUGUUGUUAAAAAUAAAAAGGCAACCCGAACAUAAGUUAAAUCAACGAAGAAAAUCAUACUAUUACAAUAUGCUUCCAUUAUGGUUGCUUUUCAUUUCGACCAAGCUAAUAUUCUUUAUUCAUAAUUUACCUACAUAUAUUUAUCAAACUUAAGUUAAUUUUAGAAACUAAGGCGAUGCUUUAAGUAUUUCACUCACAAGAGUGAAAAAUAAGUGAAAAACUUUUCGACAUUCGAAAUUCAUUCGAGAAUUAACAAUAACUAUUCGAUUUGUGACAAAUUGAUGCAUGAAACUGAUUUUGUAAUAUUACAACAUGGUUCUUUUUUUUUUAAUAUCAUGCAAAACAUGAAAAAUUCGCAAAAUUCACACCAACCGGCGGAAAAUAAGUGAAAUGUGAUAAUCUGGCAAAUUUACAAUUAUCAAGUUUUGUGUGGGAGCUACUUUUGCUUACAAAUUGUGCUCAAAUAAAGCAUUCAAAUGGUCGUGUGUUUCGUGUCAAAUAAAUUCGUAAGCAAACAGGUUAAUUGAAUUUGUUUCGAUGUGGAUUGUGAAUUGAGCUGUGUUUCAAUUCGCUGCGACUUUAUUCAAAAUUAAAUGUUUGAAGCUAGCUACCGCAGUUCACACAAGUACACAUAGAUAGAUACAUACACAGACAUACAUGUAUAUCAAGUCAAAAUUUUUGCUUACGCAAGCUGCCGCAGGACGCUGGAGCAGUGCAGCAGCCGGCGCCCAAGCCAUGGACCCGGACCAGCGGCUGGCCAGCGGCUGCCUGAGAUUGGCCGUCAACGAGCUGAGCGUGGGCAAUUACACGCUGGCCAUGGGCCUGAUCAAUGAGGGCAUGGCACGCAGCCAUGGCAAUCACAAUGAGAUCAUGGCCUUGCUCGAGCUGAAGAACAUUGUGGUGCGUUUGCGGCUCAAAUGCGAAACGCCCGGCCAGCUAAUCGGACCGACCUGCAAGUCCGCAGCGCUGCCGUAUAGCUUCACCGUGGAGAUGCUCGACGUUGUGCAGAAGGUGCUGCGUUGCCGCAAUCAUUACGAGGUGCUGCGCAUUUCGCAUCAUGCCACCUACUCGGAGGUGAAGCGUGCCUAUAAGCGUCUGGCGUUGCGCCUGCAUCCGGACAAGAAUCGUGCGCCCGGCGCCGAUAUCGCCUUUCGGCGCAUCAACGAGGCGGCCGACACGCUGACGGACAAUCAGAAGCGCAUCGAGUAUAAUUUGUUAACUGCCGUUGGCGAUUGCUUUGGCGGCAAGGCCAGUCUCUAUGGCAAGGAUGUGAAGACGGCAGGCGUACAAUAUGAGCCGCACACAGAGCAGCAGCAGGACGAGGAGCAGCAGGGAGAUCAACCACGACGCAACUAUCAGCCGGCCAAUCAGCGUGUGCCGCAGCGACAAACGCUCUACCAGACCGAACAGCUAGUCAUUGGACUUGUGGCCGCCCUGGUGUUCAUUAUCAUCACGGUCCACUAUUUGUCCACAGCGCCCAACUAUAGUUUUACGCCCACCAGCAGCCACAGCGUGCGCCUGGUGAGCCGGCUCUGGCGUGUGCCCUACUUUGUGACGCCCAAACUGGCGGCCAGCCAAACGCCCAAGCAGCUGGAGCGCAUGGAGUUGGAGAUCGAGGAGAUCUAUCUGACGGAAAUCAAGCACAACUGCAAGCAGGAGCGCAAGCUGCGCGACAAACUGUUGCAACGCGCUCGCAACACGAACAAUCACAAUUUGCUUGAUCACGCGCUGAAGAUGCCAACGCCCGCCUGCCACGCCCUCAUCAAGCUGGAUCAGUUCAAGAGCCAGCCGCUGCUAUUGGACAAUAUUUCGGAUAAGAAUGACUCAUGGGAUUAAAAAUCGAAACAAAAACCGAAUAAACAAACUGAACUCGGACCAAAUCUUAAAUCAGACGAAAUCUUAAUGUACUUCAGACUUUUACAAAAUUAACAUAUAUGCUGUACAUGUA